GGUUAUCUGAGACCGAUACGGUGAUUUAAUAAAUUACCUAUAAGUACCUAAGUACCGACCGCGUUUAUUUACACGCAUACACAUGUAUUAUGCCGAACGGACGUCAAGUGUGCAAACUUCUGCAUUUCAACCAGUUUACACAGAAUUGAGUUCGCAAAUUAUGAUGUUAACUCAAUCAUUGUGUGGUGUAUUGAUGAGCACAAGAACUUUGACACUUAUGUCUCGCACAAAUAUCAUCCAGCAUUUAUGUCGAUUCUCAAUUCUUUCUAAUAAAGUAAAAUAUCUCUCAACAAAGCACUUGAAAAGUCAUACUUUCAAUAAUGAACACAAGAAGACUCUUAUUCCAUGGAACGUUCUACGUCUUCUCCAACAAACGGAAACAAAAAUUAAUGGUCCAGACUUGACUUAUGCUAUGAAUACUUUAUUAAAACUAUAUGAACAGAAAAAACUUCCAGAAGGAUUUCAUGAGCAAGCUUUCUUUAAAAAUUUAUGUGAUCUCAUGAGAUCCAGCAUGGAUAUAUUAGAAAUGCCGGAAGCCUUGCAAAUUUUAUGUAUUCUUAAUAAAAUAGGUGUACCAAGUUCUUCAAAAAUUAUCUCAUCACUUUUGCAGCAUAUGGAUUCUUUAAUAAUGACAUCAUCAAUCAAACAUUAUAAAGAUUUACUUCGAAUAAUCAUGAAAAUGAUUCCAACUCCUACAACCAUGGCAAUAAUUAAGAGUUUAGAUAGGAAAUUUAUGAUAAAAGUCUCAAAAGAUUUUGAUCCCAGUGAUCUAGAUUUUUUGUCAAAUGUUUUGGAAUAUAAAAUCAUUAGUUUGACUGAUACUAGAAUUUUAACAGUUAUUAUUGAAGCAUUGCAUCACAAUAGCUUUGAGAUAGCCACAUUAUCAAAUGCUAUGUCAUUAAUUAAAUCAUUUGCUUCUAUGGAUAAUCAUCCAUCAGGAUGGUUAGAAGUUUUACGCAAAGUACAAAACGUUCUAAUUAACAAUGCUCAACAAAUGAGUAAUCGUCAGAUUCUUUCUUUAUUAAGAGGAGUUUAUUCCAAAAUGGAUGAAAAAAGGAUAGGUGUAUUUUAUAAUAAAAUAUUGUUUGAUAAAAUUGCUCAAAAAAUAAUAGCUAAUGACGCAAAUUUUAAUACCAGCGUGGACUGUUUAUUUUAUUUUAAUAAAGUUAAACAUGUUCAUAAAGAUUUAUUGAGCUAUAUAGCUGCAAAAUUUUAUGAAGAAAAACGGAACGUACAAAAGGAUAAUCUACGACAGUUAGUUUUGAUCACUGGAUUAGCAUAUUUAAAGUAUAAACCAAUUUUUUGGAAAGAAAUAUGUGAAUCAUUGCAAUCUAAAAAUUUAUUAAGUUGUAAUUUUGAAACAUUAAUUAUAUGCUCCUUGCACUUGGCAUGUUUAGACAGUUAUAAUCUUUGGAUAUUGAAUAGAAUUUUCAAAAUUGAGAAUUUUCCAAACAAACAUCAAUUUCUGUGUUGGACAUUUUUAAGAUUGUGCCAAAAAUUAAAUAUGAUUCCAAAUUAUGAUGGACCAAUGCCAUCAGAAAAACAUACGACAAUGUUUGAAAAGUUACAACUCAAAGCAAAUGAUGCAUUUUUGUCUAGUCUAGAGCAAGGUAUGGGUGGUGCUAUGUACGUUAAAAAGAAUCUGAAAACUAAAUUGUAUCACCAUAUUGAUGCUAUUGUCGCAUUUCGGAAGGGAGGAUAUCCUAUUGCUAUUAAUGACAGUAAUAAUAAUGACGCUUGCGCUAUUAAUGCCAAUAUAGAGUACUUAGAAGAUCAAACAACUCCUACAAAUUCUCAGCUGUUUGUUAUACUGUAUACAUUACCUAGUUGGUAUUGUCGAAACUCUCUUGAAUUAUUAGGUACUUAUGUAGACUACAUAGAAUCAAUCAAGUCGUUGACUUCUAAUGUUAUAAUAGUAAAUGGAAAAACAUGGCAAGAGCUUCCAGAAAAAUCGAGAGUACUAUUUUUAAUGAAUGAAAUUAAUUCAAAAAAAAUAAAUGAAGAAACCUGGUAAUUUUGUUAUGUUAAAGUUGUAAUACUGGUUAAAUUAUAUUUGGAAAAUUGUUUAAUAGUGAUGUCAUUAUUAAAAUUAAUUUCAUUAUAUUAAAAUUACUAUGUAUCAAUAUAAGCAUGUAUAUAUGUACAUAAUUAUAAAUACAUACUCUUUAUGUAUUAAAAAAUAAUUUUUUAGUGUGCAUAAAAGAAAUAUAUAAUUGCAUAUGAUCGUUGUCGACAUUGUAUUAUUACGAAAAUUCUUGUAUUUAGAAGAACUGCUAAUCAUGUUAAUAAAUAAAUUGUUAUAAAUCUAUACAAAUGAAUGUAAUAAAAAAUACAGAGAAUUCGGGUAUAUUUUAAA